AACGCGUGUAAAAAGAAAUACAAAAAAAAAAAGAAAAUUAUAACAAAACAACAACUACAAAAUAAAUAAAAAUAAAUGUAAAAUACAGUGAGAAAAAAGUGUAAAAUACAAAAAAAAAGUUGAAGGAAAAAUAUAUAUAAAACAACAUCAUCUUAUUGUUAUUAUUAUUUUCAUUCUUGUGGUGUUAUCUAAUCUAUAAUAAUUUCCAUUUAUUUAAAAAAAAAAAUUUUUUCAUAUAAAGUUAAUUUAAAACAAAACCCGCAAAAAAGUAAAAAAGAAAAAAUAAUUGUGUUUGCAAAAUACAACAGCUGAAAAAAGAAAAUCUUAAAUAAUAAAUAAAUAAAUAAAUAGUAUCUUAAAGAUACUUUAAGUGAUUUAAUUACAUAUAACAAAACCACAUAAAAAUGGCUAAAAUUACAAAUCAAACGACCAAAUCAAAUUACUCUAAUAACUCAAAAUCAUCAACGACAGCAUCAUCACCCUACUGCGCCUCCUCCUCCUCCACCUCACUAACAUCAACAGCUUUAAAAAUUUUUAUAUUAACAUUAAUAUGCCUCAGCCAAUCAGGAUUUGUGGAAGGACGUAAACAUUCUCCUUUAUUUGUAGAGGAGGCCGAGGGCAAUCGUCGCAAUAAUAGACCAGCUGUUUCCGAAUGUCAAUUUGGCAAAACUUUGCGUGAAUUGGGCUCGACCUGGUAUGCCGAUUUGGGACCACCAUUUGGCGUUAUGUAUUGCAUUAAAUGUGAAUGUGUGGCGGUUCCUAAAAAACGCCGCAUAGUGGCUCGUGUUCAAUGUCGCAAUAUUAAAAAUGAAUGCCCGCCCGCCUUGUGCGAUGAUCCCAUCUUGUUGCCCGGUAAAUGUUGUAAAACCUGUCCCGGCGAUAAAAAUAAUGAAACCGAUGUCGCUUUAGAUACACCGGCUCCAAUUGAAGAAGAAGAGCGCAAUAUGAAACAUUUCGCUGCUCUCCUUACUGGUCGCACUUCUCACUUUUUGAAAGGCGAAGAAAUGAAGGCCAUGUAUACCACUCAUAAUCCUCAUAAUAUAGUGGCCACUGGUCGCUUUAUGUUCCACAAAAAGAAUCUCUAUUAUUCCUUUUAUACUUCGGCCAAAGUUAAUCGUCCUCGUGCCAUACAAUUUGUUGAUGAUGCCGGCACUAUUUUGGAAGAACAUCAAUUGCAGUUGCCUGCUGGUCCUCAAUCGAUCUAUCAAAAUGUUACCGGUAAAAUUUGUGGUGUAUGGCGUCGUGUGCCUCGUGAUUAUAAACGUCUGUUGCGUGAUGAACGUUUACAUGUUGUUUUACUCUGGGGUGGCAAUAAAUUCCAAACUGAAUUGGCUUUAGCUGGCAAGAUUGGCAAAUAUACUGCCUUACAAUCGGAGUUAUUUAGUGCCCUUAUGGAACCUGCUCCCGGCUCUAAGUCAGAAUUGAUGUCUGGUUCUGGUGGCACGGCCAUAGUUUCUACCAGCAGUGGUGCUGCCUCCUCUAUGCAUUUGACUUUGGUUUUCAAUGGUGUCUUUACUCCCGAGGAAUAUAUGGAUGCUCCCGUUAGCAUACGCAUAGAAUCGCCCGAUCGUCGUGAGGUUGUUUUGGAUGAGGUGCAAAAAGUACGCAAACCCUCCUCGGAAGUCAAUGUUUUGGAAAUCUCUUCUCCCAUUUCUAUACAAAACUUGCGUUUAAUGUCUCGUGGCAAAUUGCUAUUGACCAUUGAAUCGAAAAAGAAUCCCAAUUUACGCAUCCAGGGUCAUAUUGUUACCCGCACCACCUGUGAAAUCUUCCAGACUUUAUUGGCUCCUCAUAAUGUAGAAUCGAAAGCUAAAAGCAGUGGCCUCGCUUGGGUAUUCCUUAAUACCGAUGGUUCUUUAGCCUAUAACAUUGAAACCGAUCAGGUUAAUGCUCGUGAUCAUCCUGAGAUUAGUUUGAUUGAAGAUUUGGGUAAAAGGAAGACCAUGUUGGAAGAUUUGACUCCUAGUUUCAAUUUCAAUCAAGCUAUUGGUACGGUGGACAAAUUGGGUCCCAAAGUUGUGGAAUCAUUGUACUCGGGAGACUUGGGUGUUAAUAUAGCCAUUGAACAUGAAACUAGCUUGAUUAGAGGCCGUUUAGUAUCACGUCCUGUGGCUGAUGCCCGUGAUUCGGCUGAACCUAUUCUAUUGAAAAGAUCCGAUAACUCGGUUUCAGCCCCCAAUCAUGCCAUGGGCAUGGCCUGGCUAUCCAUUGACAAUGAGUGUAAUCUUCACUAUGAAAUCACUUUAAGCGGUUUCCAAUCUCAUGUCCAAGACUUGCAAAUCUAUUUGGAAGAGAAACCUAUUGAGGCCAUAGGCGCUCCAGUAACACGUAAAUUAUUGGAAGAAUUCAAUGGUUCCUAUAUGGAAGGUUUUGUCUUGGGUAUGCCCUCUAAUGAAUUGGUGAAGUUAGAAUCGAGUGUUUGCUAUUUGGAAAUACAUUCCAAGGAUAAAAAGGAAUUGUUGUUGAGAGGCAAAUUGAAAUCGACUAAAGUGCCCGCUCAUUGCUUCCCCAUUUAUACCGAUAACAAUGUACCCAAUGUAUUUUUACCCGGAGAUCGUAAUGAUGAUGUUUUGAUUACACCCGAUCAGAAAUGUUUCCAUUCGGGUAGAUUCUAUGAUGAAACUGAACAAUGGCGCAGUACGGAAGAUACCUGUCAAAUGUGUGCCUGCCAAAGAGGUCACGCCACCUGUGAACCCAUUAAGUGUCCUAUUAUCCACUGCAAAGUCAAUGAGGAAUUGGUGCAAUUGGAGGGAGAAUGUUGUGCCAUGUGUGUGCCUCAGAAUUUGAAUACCAACAAGGAAGUGGAUCAUAGCAAAAGAGGCUGCCGUUUGGGUGAUCAAUUCCAUUUGGCGGGAGCCACUUGGCAUCCAUUCUUGCCACCCAAUGGCUUUGAUACCUGCACCACCUGCACCUGUGAUGCUUUAACUUUAGAAAUCAGAUGUCCACGCAUGGUAUGUCCACCACUACAGUGCAAGGAAAAGGAUGCCUAUAGACCAGACAAGAAAGCCUGCUGUAAAGUAUGUCCCGAAGGCAAAAUAUCCUCACGUUCGGGUAGCAACAAUAAUCCCAAUGUUUUGCAAGAUCAAGCCUCCUCUAAACCCAAUGUACGUUCCACCGAGGAGAUUUUACAGCAAGGAGGCUGCAAGGUAGUCAAUAAAAUCUAUGAGAACGGACAAGAAUGGCAUCCCGUAUUGGCGUCUCAUGGUGAACAGAAAUGCAUUAAAUGUAGAUGCAAGGACUCCAAAGUCAAUUGUGAUCGCAAACGUUGCUCACGCUCCACCUGCCAACAAACAAGAGUUAGCUCGAAAAGAAAACUUUUUGAGAAACCCGGCAGUGAGCCAGUCAUUGAUGAAUGCUGUUCCUCACAAUGCAAAAGACCCCGAAGACAUCACCGAAGAACCAAUCAACAGGCUGCAGAACAACAACAACAACCAAAGAAAGCAGUCAGCAGCUGAAUUGUUUGAGAGAGUAAAACAACAAAAAAAGUUAAAUUUAACUUUUUGGAGAGAAAGUUUUAAAAAAACAUUUUAGCUAAAGAAAAAAAAUUAAGUUUUUCUACUACAACAACAACAACAGCAAACUAUUUCUUUGUCUUCUAAAAACAAUUAAAAAAAACCCAUAAAACUUUAAAUACACUGAAAGAAAUUCUUUAUAAACAACAACCCAGCAGCAGCAGCAACAGCCUAGAAGAGCUAGAGAUUUAGUUAUAGACGCAACAGCAGCCUAAUUUAAAAAAAUUAUAUAAAAAAUUUUGUUUAUUUAGAGAGUUAACUACACUUACUUAUACUUUAGAAAAGCAUAUAGAAAACGAUAUAUCUCUAGGUAUUAUAUACAAAAAUACACUUAAACAAAAUACGUGAAAUUAAAAAUAAAACUAAACCAGUGCAGUAGGUUUUAAAUUAAAUUAUUUAUUUUUUAUAUAGCAACAACACUUAAGCAAAAAGAACAAUUUUAUAAUGUUAACUACUGUGCGGGAAAAUUUUUUUUUUAUAAAAAAAAAGAAUUUUUUUUGUAAUAAAAAAAAUCUUUUUUUUUUAACAAAAAAACAAUUAAAACUUUUUUUCUUUAAAAAAAAAGUUACUAAAAUUUGUUUUUAUAAUAAAAGAAAUUUAUUUUAUAACUUUUCUUUUAACAAAAAAAAUAUGAUAUAUAUUUAUAUAUAUAUAAAUAAGAAACACAUCCCAAAAGUUUCGACUGAUUGACUGAAUGGCAACUUUAGUUUUUAAGUUUAAAAAAGAAAAAGAAAAAAUAUUUUACUUAAAAAAUUUAUUAUUAUUAAUAUUAAUUUAAAAAGAAAAAAACUUGUUUUUACUAAUUUAACACAUUUAACACACAUUUUUCAAAGCCACGCCCACUUUUUUCAAAACCACGCCCUUUUAAAAAAGGCUGCUUAAAGAGAGUAAAAGCAGACCAAAAUUCCUUAAAUUAUCAUAAACAUUUAAAACACAUUACACAUUACCCCCUCUUACAUAUCCACUCAUAAAACAUAAAUUGUUGUUAUAUUUUUAUUACAAAAAAAAAAACAAAUAUUUCUUAAUUAUAUUUUAAAAAUAUAAUUAAAAGAAAUUUACAAAAUUUGCUUAAUAAUAUAAAAAGAAAAUGUUAAAUUUUAGGUAUAUUUUUUUAUAUACUUUUUAAACCUUAAAACAUUUUUGCUACCCAAAUAAACCACGCCCCCUUACUUACAAACAAACAAAUAAUUACUUAAAGAAAAAAAUUAAAUGUAUUAAUUUUAUUUUUUUUUAAACAUAAAUAUGUU